AUGUUGAAAUGGGUUCAAUCAGGUCUCUCAGCGGUAGCAGGUACCGCAGAACCAGAAUAUGGUAAAGAGGCCAUACAUACCAUUACUGAUUCAAUUAAGAAUGGAGCUAAGACAUGGAGAGAAACUAAUGCCAAGGAUUUCAGCUGGUUGACUCCUGGAUUCACAAAUGUAGAGACACAGACAUUCUAUUUUACUUGUUUGAAGAGUGGAUUGUGUGGAUUUGCUCAAGUUAUUCAUUCAAAUGUCAUGGGUGUCCAUACAACAGCGCAAUUUACAUUUAGAUUGUUUCAUGCAGAAGAAGGUAGAGAGGUAGACAAAAUUUGGACGUCCACUAAGUUGGAGAACUUCAGGACUGAAGGUCCUAACUUUUAUGCAGACAACUUAUCAAUAGUGCUUAAUGAGGAUGAUAAUCAAUAUGUCAUUAAGUCUUCGGUGACCAAAGAGUCUAUUGUUGAAUUAACUAUUGACAGACUUACUCCAGGUGUUAUAUUUGGAGAAGAUGGAACCACUUACUAUGGUGAUGAUUUGAAGAAUCCAUGGGGAUCGAUGCGUCACUUGUUUUGGCCAAGAUGUAAUGUAAAAGGAAUCAUCAUAACUCCAGCUAAGAGUUUUGAAAUUGAGGGAUUGACAAUGUUUGUAAUGGCUAUGCAAGGAAUGAAACCUCACCAUGCUGCCAAAUCAUGGAAUUUUUUGAAUUUUCAAUCUGAGAACUUUAGUGCUGUUCAAAUGGAGUUCACCACACCGAGAUCUUAUGCUUGUACAAAAGUUAAUAUUGGUAUUUUGUGUGAGAAGGACAAGAUUUUGUUAGCUUCUAUUGAUAACGAGGUUAUUCAUGAAGAUUCUCAAGUUGAUGAAGUAGGCUGGCCGGUGCCAAAGGCAAUCACUUUUAAGUACGACAGUUUAAACGAUGACAAACAAGAGAUUGUUGCUACUGUCAAAGGCAAAUUGAAUACUUUAGUUGAAAGAAUUGACGUGAUGGCGGAAAUUCCUCAGUUCGUUAAAAACAUCGUUAGUGGUGUUGCGGGUGCUAAGCCAUACAUCUAUCAGUUUUGCAAUGAAUUCAAGAUCAAAGUAGAGGGUCGCGAAGAAGAAACAGGUAUUGCGUUUAACGAGGCUACCUUUAUAUCUGAUUAA